GUUUAACAACAAGAGGACAUAUUUUUCAUCUCCAAGUUAUGGGUAUUUGAUGAAUAUGCUUUCAAAACUGAUCAGGAAGUCAAUUUGUCUCUAUCUCUGCAUUUGAAACAAUAUGAACUACUCCUGCAGUUCAUGGACUGAAUGAUAAAUCUAUUCAAUUCAAACUGGAUAUUUCAGAAGCAAGAUUGAUCAUAUAUGUGUGCUAUAUAAUGCAAUAUUUACAAUGUCAAUUGCUACUUAAUAAAGUGACAAAUAGCUUAUAUGUAGAGUUAACUUCUUGUGUGAUAGAGCUGGUUUAUGGGAUGUGUCAUAUAAAGGGACAAUUUUGUCUUCCUUUUAACUCAACAUUCUGUUCCCUGAAUCAUCUAAAUAGUUUGUCUUUCUAGUUAAUUGUUAGUUAUUAUUGUUGUUGUUGCUAUUAUAUUUAUAUUAUUAUUCUUACUAUAAUAAUUAUUAUUGUUUUGGGACUUACUUUUUUGUUGUCGAACAAUUAUUUUUAUGUUCUCAUCAUCUCAUAAUCUAAACCACCCACCAUUACCAAAUAGUCUUUAAUAUGGCCUUGCUGCCAGAAUUGCAAACAAUGCACGAUCGACCCUUAUGCAAGAAGCACAAUAGAAUUUCAGAAUUUAUUAUUUUCCCAGAUUUCAUUUUUGAAUUUUGAACUUUUACUUAUUGAAUUUGGUAUUUAAUGCUGUUGAGAAUUUUAUAGGAUAUAAAUGUAAUCCUUGAAGCCAAUUGAAAAGAGGCUCUAGAAAUAGCUUGGGAUAUUCUAAUAAGAGAAAAGAAGAUGAAACAAGACAAAUCCUAAGCUUCACAACCUAUAAUUUGCCUGAAAGUCUUAGGUUUCACCACCUAAGGGUGCUUGGAAUCACCUCCAAGCAGUGGUGAAGCCUAAGGUUUUCGGGUAGAUUCGAGGUGGUGAAGCUUAGAAUUUGUCAUGUUUCAUCUUCUUUUCCCUUAUUUCUAUUUUGCUACUUAUUCUGUCCUGCGUUAGACUCUGACCUAUAUUACUCAUCCAAUUGCAUCUCCCUCUCUCUCAAACAGUAACCUGCAAGCUGUUGAUUCAUGUGACACAGUUGUUCAUCUUAGGCAUGGCUCACUGGGACCAAGUUAAUUAGCUUGUGCACUGAUCAUCAAUGGAUUGACUGUUCUGAAAGUGGGGCUUUUUCUAGUGGUAUCAUUGGCAUGAAUCUGUGGAUUUUCAACAUAUUUGAAAGUGAACUAUACUAAAUUGUCUAAUGGGCUGCUUUUGCUCAAAGAAAGCUCAACCACAAGGGUAUGAGGAUCCUAUCAUUCUUGCUGCUGAAACACCUUUUACUGUCAAUGAAGUAGAGGCCUUAUAUGAACUUUUUAAGAAAUUGAGCAGUUCAAUAACUGAUGAUGGGCUCAUUCACAAGGAAGAAUUCCAGCUUGCACUCUUCAGGAACAGAAAUAAAAGAAAUCUCUUCGCGGACAGAGUUUUCGAUUUAUUUGACAUAAAGCGCAAUGGGGUUAUUGAGUUUGGAGAAUUUGUUAGAUCAUUGGGUGUCUUUCAUCCAAAUGCAUCUGUAGAAGACAAAAUUGCAUUUGCUUUUAAAUUAUAUGACCUGAAGCAAACCGGAUAUAUUGAGAGACACGAGUUGAAGGAAAUGGUCUUGGCACUUUUGCAUGAAUCAGAUUUGUUACUUUCAGAUGAUGUUAUUGAAGUAAUUGUGGAUAAGACUUAUAAUGAAGCAGAUGCAAAAGGUGAUGGAAGAAUAGAUCAAGAAGAGUGGAAGGAGUUUGUUUUGAAAAAUCCUUCUCUGAUAAAGAACAUGACUCUACCGUAUUUAAAGGAUAUAACACUAGCAUUUCCCAGCUUUGUUGUUACUUCUGAAGUCGAAGAAUCAGAAAUAUGACUUGGAAUUCCAUAAAGAGGAAUAUAUCAACUAUCUCAUGACCCAUGACCAACAAAUCUUUUGAACCUCAUUUUAUGUGAUGGAAUGUGGACUUUGGAGGAUAUAAUAUCUAACCACAGUCGAAGAACUGAAGAGUAUGCAACUUCAAGAAGCAUAGCCAACAAACAAAGACUCGCUCCCUAGGCUGCACAUUAUCUUUGCUAUCUUCAAAUACAUGUUCACGGAAUGCGGGCUGGUACCAAUAAUUUGUAUAUAGGUUUCAUUUUUGAUUCUAUAUCGAAAGUUUUUAAAUAAACUGUAAACUGAAUAGAGAUAAAUGUAUUUCAUAUUGUAUGUAUUCCAUGCUGCAGAUUACUAACUAUGACUAGUGAGAGGUUAAUGCAAGGAG